CGCGUUAAAGGGAUCGUUAUUAGGAAUUCGUUCUUAGUGGCAAUUCGAUGCAUAUUUAAUAAAUUACUUCGAUUCAAACGUACAGUGAUUAUAAACUAAGGCAAUUUAAAAUUUAAAAUAGGUGAAGUGGAAAAUUAAUCAUAAUAAGUAACCUUAUUAAGAAGAAGGAGGCUAUGGCUGGAUAGGAGAUUCAAGAUGGUGGUGUUUUUCCAAAUUAGAACAUUCCUUUAAGGUUCCAAUAGUGUUUGUUUCGAUAGACUGUUUACAUGUUUCUUUAUUUUAAUAGAAAGUUUAGGGACAGCUAAGGCAGCAGAUUACUGUUAGGAUUGUUAUAAUAUGUUGGUACAAGAACCUGUUCAAGCUGCAAUUUGGCAUUGUUUGAACCACUAUGCAUACAAUGAUGCAAUUUUCCUCGCUGAACGGUUGCGAGCUGAAGUCGAAUCAGAUGAAACAAUUUGGCUACUUGCAACUUGUUAUUACCGCAGCGGAAAACCAGCUCAGGCAUAUGCUAUUCUUAAGAACUCUACCUCCCCCCAGUGUAAAUUCCUUAUGGCGAAAUGCUGUCUUGAUUUACAAAAGUUGUCGGAAGCGGAAAAAGUAUUGACUGGAGAUGAUUUGGGGAGGAGUCGAAGUUUAGACGACGUUGUAAAAGAGUUUGGAGAUGUUGCUGCGUUCGCUCUUAUGCUCAUCGCUACGGUUUGCUUCUCUACCGAGAGGCUUACAAGAGGGAUUGAAGCAUCACGAAAGGCAUUGAGACUGAACCCGUUCCUAUGGAGUAUGUACGAAGAGUUGUGCCGGAGGGGUGAUCGACCUGACCCCGACAAGUGCUUCUCCACUCCGUCUCUCGACUCCCUUCACCACGUCACUGGGUCUAACCCCUUCAUCUCCUACGCUAACCAGCAAGAACAGCCGGCGAACCAAGUCCUGGAGCCCUCUCUCAAGAACAUUAGUACACCAAUGCAGAUCGUUAACAUGUCUGCACUGUGUAUGUCGGGAGUUCGAGCACUCAGUCCCGAUGUGACACCACUCGCUCCCACUAGAAUUAAACGCACACUACGUUGUAAUCCUGUAUUUACCAACAAUUAUUCUCCUAUCACUCCAAGUUUUGGAGUAAUUCCUUUAGCUUUAGAUUAUUUAAGCGACUGUGACUCGAUUUCUUCUCCGAUAAACACACUCACAGAGGCGAAUGACCAGAAAGUACUGGCAAAGAGGCUUUUGCGUAAGGAAAGUAGUCCCCUUCAACAGACGAAGGCUGCUAAUACUCCGUUAACUGGCGUGGUGGCACCACCUUCACUUCACGUUCAGCCGAACGUUAGGCGAUCAUCUCGCUUAUUUACAAGUUCCUAUAAUGUAAAGGAAAAUACUAAAUCACCGUCUCGGAAGUUCGCUACUCCUAAAUCACCCUCAAGAAAGACUAAGUCUCGUUUAGUAAAGCAAGCUCUCGCUAAGAACUUUGAAAAUAAUGAAAAGAACAGGUCGGAGAGCCCUGUCGGCCAGGUCAUAGGAUCGGGAAGGACCACUUCAGAAUAUGCCCUCAACCUUCAGCGGGACUCUUUAGAAGGCCUGUUAAAGCUGCUGAGGGAUAUAGGAACUGGCUUCUUGUACCUCUCGCAGUACGAGUGCCAGAAAGCCAUCGAUGCUCUUCGUAAACUGCCAGAGCACCAUUACAAUACGGGUUGGGUACUCUGUUUAGUUGGCAGGGCCUAUUUUGAAAUUAACAAGUACGAUGAAACACAAAGGAUAUUUGAGAGGGUUCGUAAACUAGAGCCAGAAAGGACAACUGCGAUGGAAAUUCACUCGACAGCUCUGUGGCACCUUCAGAAGGAGGCUGCACUUUCGCAGUUGGCUGCGGACCUGGUCGCGCUGGACAAGCAUUGUCCUCAGACCUGGUGCGCAGUUGGUAAUUGUCAUUCUCUCCAGAAGGAGCACGAUCUUGCUAUCAAGUUCUUCCAGAGGGCUGUGCAGGUAGAUCCAAAUUUUGCUUAUGCUUACACACUCCUCGGCCAUGAAUAUGUGGUCACCGAGGAACUUGAAAAGGGAAUGAGCAGUUAUAGGACAGCGAUUCGUCUUGACCCACGCCAUUAUAUUGCAUGGUAUGGGAUGGGUAUGAUAUAUUCCAAGCAGGAAAAAUUCCAGUUAGCAGAAUUUCAUUAUCAGCGAGCUCUGAGUAUUAAUCCAAGAAGUUGUGUGCUGAUGGUACAUAUUGGUGUGGUGCAGCUACAGUUGAUGAAGAAAGAUGAAGCAUUGGAGACGUUGGACAAGGCAAUAGCCCUGGAGCCUAACAAUCCAUUAUGCAAGUUCCAUCGUGCGUCUGCGUUAGCAGCGGCCAAUAGGAAUGCCGAGGCUCUCACAGAACUCGAUGAACUGAAGGAACUAGUCCCUAAAGAAUCCUUGGUUUUUUAUCUCGCUGGCAAGGUGCAUAAGAAAUUAGGUAAUACUCACCUCGCACUGAUGCACUUUUCAUGGGCCACGGAACUAGACCCGAAGGGUGCCACCAAUCAGAUCAAGGAAGCCAUCGAACCUGGAAUGUCCUCUACGAAUCCUGACCAUUCGGGAGCCGAGGGCGAUAACACAAUGGAGGAGCUGUUGCCGAGUACACCAGGGCAAGAAACACCAGGAGGAGAAGCGAUGCAAGAGACUGAUGAAAGCUUCUAGUGAUAACUGAUAACUAGAACCAACAGCUGCCACCUUGAAACAGCGCCAAGGUCGUGUCGACUUUUAUCUACAUACGGGAUUGCCUGUGUAUAUAAGAAAAGUUAUAUGUGUAAACUGUGUAUAAUAUGUAGUCAUGAAAUAUCAUCUAUUUAAUGUAUAAUAUAUAAUAAUAUACAUAUAGCGCGAUUGAUAAAUAUUUAUAUCACUGUUCAUAGUUAGCAGGUAAAUACUGAAGAAAUAAAUGAAGGGGAGUAAAUAAAUAGUAUUAAAUAACAAAUAUAUUUAUACAUUUGUGAUAUUUUAGCGUUUGUGAUAGGUAGGCGGCGCGGGACUGGCCGUCCCGUGGUCAAUAAGUUCACUUCUCCCGUUACAUAUUCCUAUCUGUGUAAAUAGGUCUGAAUAUUUAGUAGGAAAAUAUGCCUAUAGAAGAAGAAGCCUUUAGGAUAGAGGGAGUAUUUUAUAAUUAUCAUGACCCCGCGACCCAAACGGCACCACAAUAUCGUAACGAUCUGAUAAAAUAUACAAGCUGCAGAGUGUUCCAAGUAUUUUCUAAAUAUAUAUAUAUAUAUACUUCACUGUUUAUAUCAUAUAUAUACACUUAACUCUACGUAUGAAACAUUGUUAUAAUUGUUUAGGAAAUGUGUUGCCUUUAUAAAAUGCUUUUAUUUAUUUCUAGGAAUCUUAUUAAAUUACUCCUAUGAAUUUUAGUUCAUUUUACUCAAGUGAGGUGAUAGCUAUUUGUUUUAUUGUGUAUAGUCGACUGUAAAUAGCAAUUAUUGUUCUAAUUUCCUUUGUGAAUAUUUUUGUGUAAACUAUCUUAGCUACAAAGCAUAUUUAUAUAGAAUAUAUAUAUUAUAUUAUAUAUUUCUUUUCUUUUUUUAAUUUCUUUUCGUUAUUUUAAUUUAAUUUAAUUUUUUUUUUUUUUAUACUUUUAUCAUUAUAAUUUCAAAACCAAAGUUUUCUUACUUUUAUUAAUUUUUAAAUGUCACUUGUGCCAAACUAUGAAUCAUUUGUGAAACAACAGGAGUUAUUUUCGGAGAGAAAUAUCACGAAAGUUGAAAUUAUAUUAAUUUAUAUAUUUUUGUGUCUUAUUCAUUUAUUAUAACCUCACCAUUAUUAUAUUUUGUUAAUAUAGUAUUCAACAUUAAACAUUUCGUCAGUAAGCUUUCUCUCAUCGGUAUUGCGACCUGAAGAAUAUCUUAACACAUAAUAUACUUAAACAUUUCUGAUGUGACACAAAAUGAAAUUAAAAAAAUUGAUUGUAAAGAUGUGAAAAUUUUAAUGUUUAAGGGCAAAUUAUGUUAAUAGUGGCUAAAAUUUGAAUUAAUGUAUAUAUUUCUUUCGUUGAGAAAAAAAUGUUUUUAUUUAUUUCAUUUUUGUUUAUUGUAUUAAUUUUUGAAAAUUACUCAUGUAUAAUUUUUUUUUUCUUAAGUGUGGAAGGAUUAGAAAGUAUAAAAGAAAAGGACAUAUUUAUUAAAUUAUGUUGGAAGCUGCAAUAUCUAUAAAUUAUCACUUCUUAUUAAGAUUAUUUUUUAGUAUUAUUAUUUUAAUAUUGUUAUAAAUUAUAUAUAUAAUAUACAUAUCUUUUAUCAUUGACUUGCAAAUGAAGAAUUUUAUUUUCAAUUGCUCUCUGGUUUUUACCGUGGUUAGAAAAU